GCGGAUAAGUUUCAUUUUUUUUUCACCAUUUUAGACCACCUAGAUCGGGCAACCGGAGAAAUUAGGUUUGAGACGAUCGGAUUCGAUCGAUUGGCAGUGUUUCCUGGGAUGUGGAGUUUGGUAGGGAUGGGAGUCUGCUGGAGAUGAUCGGUUUGGCUUGGUCCAUCGAUAUGCUUUGGCCCUUGAUUAUUGUGAUUCCCUUUUGGCGUCUCGUUAUUCGGCCGGCUUUUGUUUCUACGUAUUGGGAUGUGUCUAUUUUCUUAUUUCCCUUUCUGUACCUGGCGUUAUCUAUGUGGCGGUUGGGGAGUUUUCGACCAGAUCGGUCUGUUCGUUCCUUUCCUGGGAUUCCCAUUUCCUUAUCCUUUUCUGAUUUUCAUUCGAUAUCAAUUUCAUUUCUAACACUGGCUCCCGACCCCGGGGUCAAGUCACAUCAUUCUACCUCUUCUCAUCGUUCCUUUUCAUCAUCCGUUUGCAGUAUUCUUCCAUUAUUAUACCAGUAUACCUAGCUCUGCUUCAGCGUUUACUUCUGCCUCUGCCCCGUAUUUCUUUCUUUCAUAUUUCCGUUUUGGCUAUUCCUGCUUGGUUUUUUUUUUCUCUCCAGGUACUAGCUAGCUGCUGCGGUGCCUGAUCUAUUUCCUAAUCUCUGGAUCUUGUGUAUGUCUAUCGUACUAGCUGCCUCUUUGUUGUAAUUUCGCUGAAUAGUACUUAUAUCUAUCAA